CAGCGGCGGCGGCUCCCUGGCCUUUCCAUGAGCCCGCGGCGGACCCUCCCGCGCCCCCUCUCGCUCUGCCUCUGCCUCUGCCUGGCCACGGCCGCGGCUCGCGGCGCCGCGCAGUCCGAGUGACAUCACUGCCUUUCUUCCUGUGCUCUGGCUUUGACACAAGCCAGAUGGCCACAGUGAUCGGUAGGCGCCCAGGCUGCCUGGUACAGCAGUUGAUGAAACAGAAUAGGAAGACGUUUUAUGGUCAGCUGUGGGAGCACAAUGAGGCUGCAGCUUUGCUAACUCUUGCCCCUGUUCUUUGCCUCUCGUUUUGUUGGUGAAGAUAUCACAGUGAUGUCUGCCUUCAACUUGCUGCAUUUGGUGACAAAGAGCCAGCCAGUAGCCCUUCGAGCCUGUGGGCUUCCCUCAGGGUCAUGUAGGGAUAAAAAGAACUGUAAGGUGGUCUUUUCCCAGCAGGAACUGAGGAAGCGGCUAACACCCCUGCAGUACCAUGUCACUCAGGAGAAAGGAACCGAAAGUGCCUUUGAAGGAGAAUAUACACAUCACAAAGAUCCUGGAAUAUAUAAAUGUGUUGUUUGUGGAACUCCAUUGUUCAAGUCAGAAACCAAAUUUGAUUCCAGUUCAGGUUGGCCUUCAUUCUACGACGUGAUCAAUUCUGAGGCAAUCACAUUCACAGAUGACUUUUCCCACGGGAUGCACAGGGUGGAAACAAGCUGCUCUCAGUGUGGUGCUCACCUUGGGCACAUUUUUGAUGAUGGGCCUCGUCCAACCGGCAAACGAUACUGCAUAAAUUCAGCGUCCUUGUCUUUCACACCUGCAGAUAGCAGCUGCGCCGAGGGAGGCAGUGGGCUCGGCAGCCCAGCCCAGGCCGACAAAGCGGAGCUGUAGAGUGACAGAGAGUGAAGGAGAAUGAUGGAAACAAAGUGUACUUAAUGCACAGCUUAGUGAAAAAAAAAACAAAAAACAAUCAGAAUUGUUUAUCUUCAUAGAUAUAUUUUUUCAAAAACUAUAAGGGCAGUUUUGUGCUAUUGGUAUUUUUUCUUCUGUGUAAACAGAGGCCCUGGCCAUCCAUGUAUUUUGCUAUUGACUAGAUCAAGACCUAUUUAUAGCUUUCGCAAUCGGAGAUAGCUUUGUGAAACUUCUUCACAAGCCACUUGCAUACCCCUUGGCGUUAUUUUCUUUGAGCACACAGCUGCUUUUGCAGUUUUCUCCCCCUUGAUUAAGAGGCAGAGGGUGCAUGGUCUUCAAACGUGAAAAUAGAGAUCUCUGAAGUAACGUAGAGACCAGAGCUGGGAAGUGCAGGGUGCGAGACCUGUGAGACACAUGGCCUUGAGGCCUUUGGACAGAUCCACCCACGAUAAGGAUGGAGCGAUGUCUCACGAGACUUCGCAGCUUUGUGGAAAGUUUGAGCUAAGGUCAUUUUUUUUCUCACUAAAAGGGUGUGAAGGUCUAAAGUCUUUCCUUAUGUUAAAUUGUUGCCAGAUCUGAGAGGGAACACUGAGUGUUGUGGCAGAGAAGUAAACAUUACCUCACCUUUAGUCCUUUAUUUUAUUUUAUUUUAUUUUCCAUUGAAAAC